AUGACUACAACGCCAGAUUCGAGGCCCUCAGAUUUCAGUGUACCCCCUACAACAGAGUACUCCGGCGGCCAUGAAAUUUAUGACGCCAAUUUCGCACAUGAUCUUGCCCUGGAUCCAUUUAUUCCUAGUACCGUGCCAGUAUAUCCUGAUCUCAACAAUUUCCCGGCCUUUUUUGAGCAGGUUAUGCUACCAAACGUGGAAGUGGAACUCCGACAAGAAACACAGCAGCCUCGUGGCGUGUUCGACUUCAUGCUUGAUACAGAUUUCAUUUUCCCUGAAAAUGAUGAUCUCUUUGACACAAACUUCAUGCCCGAUCUUGAUCGAAUACUAGAGACUGGGCCCUCCAUCUGCGGAUCUGAAGAUUUACAGAAUCCUCAACUUGGUGAUCAUGGAUCGGCCAGCAGGCGAGCAGCUGCAUUUCGGAAAUCCUUCUGGCUAUGGGUGCCAGAGAAGAACCAGCAUGCGUUCAGUGAAGAGGGAAGAAUCCCUCUCCGAGAUGGGGAUACAAUCUCACCAAACCAUCGAAAUAGACUUCAGUCUCUCCAAAUACCUGGAAAACUGUCUAUGCAAUCACGGGAUGAUAUCUUUAAAUUGGUUGUGCGAACAGCCGGCUCUCGGCUUUCGGUUUCCUCUUUUCCUUCUGCUGAGUAUCUUGACACGCUGAUCAAGAUCGGUAUUGGGAAGCGGACAGAGACAGAUGCAUGGAUUCAUCCGUACACCUUCUAUGACCAGAAGUUGAGACCUGAAUUGUUGACUGGUUUAGUCGCAGCAGGAUGUGUGUGCUGUGGAUUGGCGUCUAUCAACAAAACUGGGAUCGUUCUACAGGAGAUUACCAGAGUAUCUCUAGCACAACUUGUUGAGGAAGAUAACAGUGCCUUGCGCGAUCUUCAGUGGUUACAAGCCUCAAUGCUGUGGUUGGAUAUCGGCAUCUUCUGCGGUUAUCGACGAAAAAUGCAAAUAGCAGAAAGCUAUCUACAACCGCUGUGCACUGCUUUUCGACGUGCUGCGGCAUUUGACAGAUCCACAUACUCAACCGUAACACCUUAUAUGGCUGGCGAUGAUGAACCGUCUUUGAAUAAUGUAUGGCAUGAGUGGGUAAGACAAGAAUCACUUAAGCGGCUGGCAUAUCAUCUAUUCGGCCACGAUGUAGAGGUUGCCAUGGCUAUGAACCGCCCGGCUCUUACUUCAUACACCGAGCUAACAUUACCGUUCCCUGCUGCAAGAGAUCUCUGGCUUGCACCAACAGCUACUGCAUGGCGAGAUCUUUGGAAUACAAAGUAUCGUUUUGUCGAAGUAUCGCACUUCAGUUUACGGGAUUUAUUAUCUGAUCCAUCCUUAAUGACGCAUGUACCUAUGGAGAUGGACGUCGAUAUUGCGAGAACUGCACUAUUACAGGGAAUGGGUAAUCAGGUGUGGGAUACUCGUCAGCAGAUGGUUUUAUCUCAGGGGUCAAAGCCUGAAACCCGUGCUAUGGCUCGACUGUGGCUACAAAGCAGACAAGAUGAUCUGUAUACUACCUUAAAGUCCAUACCUGAGAACCCACCGGCACCUCCACCCGUCACAACAUUACUGAACGAGUUUGUAAUGAUGUACUUGCACUUCGAUUUUGAUGCCAUCCAACGGUUUGUAGGUACGCUUGGGGAGCUGGAUGCCCGCCGAGCAUACCCGGGCCUUCGAGACUGGAGCCGUACAAAAGAAGCACGCAUGGGCAUCUGGCAUGCCGGUCAGACUUUGCGGGCCGCACGGACUGUCAAGUCCUAUCAGCUACGUGGAUUUGACGCUAUGACUAUCUACCACGCUGCUUUGGUUUUGUGGGUAUACGGGCUUCUUCAGUGUGGAGAGUUGAAGCGGCUUGAAGCCAAGACACCAAUGAAUGAAACUGACUUGCCACCAUGCGUGUGGCUUGAUGGGCCAGAAGAUAUGGCGACGAAAGCGUUCUUGUGUCAUGGAAUUGGUCGCCCGGGUCUGACAAUGACCCAAGGUGGUCCCGACGGGGAUACUCCAAUGUUCUGUGAGCUAAGCAAGCCACGAUCUGUCAUGGCUGUUGCUCGGCAGGUCUUUGAAAACAAUUGCCCUUGUUCUUUUCCCGAGGACCGUCUGCCACCAAUGAUCCAGAACCUAUGUGAACUAAUAGGGGAUUUGGGGAAUCUUCCAUAA